CGUUAAAACACACCCAGCACCCAGCUUCCUAUCUAGCUUCUUCUUUUUCUCUAAACUUCAGUGUGUGUGUUCAUUGCUGUGUCUCAGGUGCAGAGAAGCUGUGAGACACAGAGCUACAGGGAAAAGACACACACACACACACACACACACACACACACACACACACACAGACGAUAAAAUAAGUGAGUUAGAGGAAGAGAGGAGGAGCAGGAGGAGGAUAUGGGUCAUCGAUAGACGUGUGAGAUGUUUUUUCUGUCACAGACGCGUGUUAGACUCGGUGACGGCGCUGGAGAAAGAACUCGCUCAUGAAGCUGCACUGAACUAGAAAACGAGCGAAUGAGAGAGAGAGACGAGGGAGAAAGAGGAAGAGAAGGGUUGUGUCUUUCCGGCUUACAUUAACCUCAAAAAACAGCCACAGCACAGGGACAGGAACAACCCAAGACUUGCGAUGAAACGCGAUGGUUAUUAGCAACGAGUCAGCAUCUUUAAAUCUCUGCUGAAGAAGCUGUAGAUGUGAUUUUCUGGAGCUCCUGAAGCUCAAGACCUCAAGAUCAUCCAUCAUAUCUGAUCCUCUGUUUAAAAAAAAAAGAAAGAAGUCUUAACCCUGUGGCUGCAGUGAAACAAGAUGUACCUUCUAUUUAUUACUUUGGUCUUCUCGCUGGCUUUUGGACCAGAUGUCAUGCUCCUGAAGGCACAGGAUGCAAACACUGAUCCCAUGAGUGUGAUGCAGAGUGUCUCCUCACUGGUGACAGAAACGAACCCAGGUAUAAACCUUAAUGCAUCUGAGCUCACCAACAACAGUCUUAUAACUGAGGCUGAAAAAGUAAAAACAUCAGAAGAACAUAUGAUGCCCACUCAGGAGCUUCUGACCUCUUCAGAACUUCUGACCACUGCAGAGUCUACAGCCAUUUUUGUACACAACACCAUGAAGACAUAUGACCUCUCCUCUCCAGCUGAUCCUUACAGACUUACCACUAACUCCAUGCAGGAUGAGAACACGGCGAUCAUCACCAUCACAGAGCCUCUUCAGACACCAUCACCAUCUCCAACCAUUCCUCUUCAAACAUCCAUGAGCACAAAACCAGAAGUUUCUACACCUACAACAGUGGAGGUGGAGACUACUGACACCUCACCAAAUAACACUCCUACCCCCACCCCCACAACCAUGUCUACCCCCACCCCCACCCCCACAACCAUGUCUACCCCCACCCCCACCACCACACCCACCACCACGCCCACCACCACCCCCACCAUCACACCCACUACCAUGCCCAACACCACCCCCACAAUCACACCCACCUUCAUGCCCACCACCACCCCCACCAUCACACCCAACUUCAUGCCCACCACCACCACCCAAGAGCCGUCCAUGCUCACAUCCCUUAAUAGUGCACACCCCAGGGAGAUAUCAUCCACCAACACUGCCCAUACUGAAGGGGAUAAAAAAGGAGCUACCUGGCUAAUCAUUGCUGUCAUAGCGCUGGUCAUCUUCUGCAUAUUAACCACUCUGUGCGUCAUGGCCAUCGUCAUCAAGCGCAGGAGGCAAAGUGGUCAGCAGAACUUUGGGUACAUGAAGGGACAAAGGUCCAAGAAGAAAAAAGACACAGAGGAUGAUGUCUGGGCGGGGCCUGUAAAAUUAGGAGGCAGAGAUUGCGAAGGUCCAGAGGACGUUGAGGCACAAGGAGAGGAGAAGAAGACAGAUGGAGUGGAGGUGACGGGGCUCAGCACAUUCUCGACGCUGGAGGAGAAUGGAGGCGUGGGACGACCGGGGUCACCUGAGGUCAAGCACUGGGAGGAGAAAGAGCCUCUGCUGUUCAUCGACGAGGAAGGGAAGGAGAAAAGAAAUGAGGCAGGAAAGCGCGAGGAUGCAGAUGCUGAAGCAGCAGCAGGAAAGACAAACAAGAAGGAGGCGGAGCCUAAUGGAGGAGAAACUUUUUGUCUCACCACCGCAGUGUGAAAUCUCCUUCACGGUUCCACAAACUGAUGAGUUCAACACCUUCUAGCUCACACUCAUGUCAAGAGAUCAGAAUAAUCUGAAUAAUUAUAUUAAUCAUUUAGAAUGAUGCUGUAAUGUAAUUUUUAAAUUAAAUUUACAUGUUUACUUUUAGCUGAUGAUGUCAGAGACAUUUUAAAUGAUCUUUUUACCUUCUUCAUCUUCAUCCAACUUUUUAACAAAACCUAAAAAAAAUUUAACUGUAGUUUUUGGACUAUUGACUUUAACUGUGGGUUCUGUUUCACACAAACACACACACACACACACACACACACGUCUCUUUGAAUUUUCAUUUUGCUUUUUUUUUUUUUAUUUGUGUAUUGAUUUUAGAUUUUAAAUAGACACAGUAUACAAUAAAGUGCUAUAAAGCUGGCAGACCUGAGAUCAGACCUAAGAUCAGACCUGAACACUGCCAGUACUGUAAUAUUGUCUGCAGCAAUAGAUAAAUUGAUAUCAUUUAUGUAUUUUA